AUGUCAGAGCUUGCUUUCCCUACCACUAUGCUCAUUUUGGCUUGUGAGCCACUUAUGAACGCAUUCAAGGCGGUGAACCGGACGUAUAGCUCAGUCAACUCGUCUUUUCAGUCCAUGGCGUCUUCACCGGCCAUUGUUCUUACCGACUCUGCCAUCAUGCAGCAGCCUACUUCGUCCGCCAACUCGACGUCUAUAUUGAGUUCCGAGACGAGCGUUGCGUCUUUCGACACCGCCAUAUCCUCUGCAGCAUCCCUCUCGCCUAAUGAGAGCACGUCUACCUAA